AUGAACUACGUGGGCCAGCUGGCGGGGACCGUGUUUGGGACGGUGAAGGAGCUGUACCAGGGCCUGAACCCGGCCACGCUGAGCGGCGGCAUCGACGUGCUGGUGGUGAGGCAGGUGGACGGCUCCUUCCGAUGCUCGCCCUUCCACGUGCGUUUCGGCAAGCUGGGUGUCCUGCGGUCCCGGGAGAAGGUGGUGGACAUUGAGAUCAACGGGGAGCCCGUGGACCUGCACAUGAAGCUGGGGGACAGCGGGGAGGCCUUCUUCGUCCAGGAGCUGGAGAGCGAUGAGGAGAACGUGCCUCCCCGCCUGUGCACAUCCCCCUUACCGUGGGGAGGCCUGUCGGGCUUCCCCUCGGACUCCCAGCUGGGCACGGCCAGCGAAUCCGAGCCCAUCGUCCUGGGCGCGGCCUCCACGGGGAGGAAGAAGAGGCUGCGGAGGAGGAAGCCCAGGUGGAAGGAGGACACGGUGGCCGACGACUCCAGUUCCGAGGAGCUGGAGGCGGGCGCCGAGAGCGAGCUGGCCCUGCUGGAGAAGCCGAGGCCGGAGCCCGCAGGCAUCCAGCGGGAAGAGGAAUCCUCGUCGCAGCCUGCAGACACCUACCCCCUCUCCGACGGCGAGUGGCCCUCCCCGGCCAGCCUUUCGUCGGGAGAGCUCACAUCCCCUAAGAGUGACUCGGAGCUGGAGGUGCGGACCCCGGAGCCCAGCCCCCUGAGAGCCGAGUCGCACAUGCAGUGGGCCUGGGGCAGGCUGCCCAAGGUGGCCAAAGCCGAGAGGCCCAUGUCCUCGACGGUCCCCGAUGGCAGCACUGGAGCAGCCUCCGCUCACGGAGAGCCCAGCACCCCUGACCUUCCGCCCGACACGGAGGGGCCCGCGCUGGUGGGUCCCCCCCUCGCUGCCCCCGAGAGAGAAGAAGAACCCAAGGCUCAGAAACCCAAGGACUCGGGUCUCUCUCCGGCCUCAAAGUCCUGGAGCUGGGCCGCGCUGGAGGGUCCGGCUCCCCCUGGGCCGCCAGAGGGCUUCCCCCGGAGGAAAGGCUCCCUGAAGAGAAGCCAGCACCUGGGCCCCAUCUACCUGGACGACCUGUCCUCCCUGGAUUCUGAGAACGCGGCCCUUUACUUCCCCAAGAGUGACCGUGGGCUGGGGCCCAGGAGGUGGAGUGAACCCGGCGGCCAGAAGCCAAUGGGGGACCCCAACCCCGAACAGGAAGCAGAACCCGCUCCGGACACGGUGGACACGAUUGUGCUGUCUCUCUGCGGAGGCCUGGCUGACAGCCGGGACAUCUCCCUGGAGAAGUUCAACAAGCACGUGGUCUCCUACCAGGACCUCGUCCAGAACCCUGGCCUCUUGGACGACCCAAACCUGGUGGUGAAAAUCAACGAGAAGCACUACAACUGGGCCGUGGCUGCCCCCAUGGUCCUCUCCCUCCAAGCCUUCCAGAAGAACUUGCCCAAGAGCACCGUGGACAAGCUGGAGAAGGAGAAAAUGCCCCGGAAGGGUGGGCGGUGGUGGUUCUCCUGGCGACGCAGGGACUUCCCGGCCGAGGAGAGAAGUGCCCCGAGGGAGAAGACCGCAGCCCGGGAGGCACGGGGGGAGAAGUCGGAUGUCCUGAGCAGCGAGGAGGACGCCCCCGACAGCCCCGUCAUCCUGGAGGCGCCCUCCCGGCCGCCCUUGCCUCCUGCCUACACGCCCGCCUACAAGAAGUCCCUCCGCCUCUCCUCGGACCAGAUCCGGCAGUUGAACCUGCAAGAAGGUGCCAACGAAGUGGUCUUCAGCGUGACCACCCAGUACCAGGGUACCUGCCGGUGCAGGGCCACCAUCUACCUGUGGCAGUGGGACGACAAGGUGGUCAUCUCGGACAUCGACGGUACCAUCACCAAGUCGGACGCUCUGGGCCACAUCCUGCCCCAGCUGGGGAAAGACUGGACACACCAGGGCAUCACGAGUCUCUACCACAAGAUCCACCUAAACGGGUACAAGUUCCUGUACUGCUCAGCACGGGCCAUCGGCAUGGCUGACCUCACCAAGGGGUACCUGCAGUGGGUGAGCGAGCGGGGCUGCGGCCUCCCGAAGGGCCCUAUCCUGCUGUCUCCCAGCAGCCUCUUCUCCGCCCUGCACAGGGAGGUGAUUGAGAAGAAGCCAGAGGUGUUCAAGAUCGCCUGCCUGAGCGACAUCCAGCAGCUGUUUCUGCCCCACGGACAGCCCUUCUAUGCCGCCUUUGGGAACAGACCCAACGACGUCACCGCCUACCGGCAUGUAGGCCUGCCUGCAUCUCGGAUCUUCACCGUCAACCCCCGGGGAGAGCUAAUCCAGGAGCCCAUGAAGAACCACAAAUCCACGUACAAGCGGCUCAGUGAGGUGGUUGAGCUCCUCUUCCCACCCUUGGACCGUGGCCCCAGCGCAGACCUGGCCAGCCCUGAAUACAGCAGCUUCUGCUACUGGCGGGAGCCGCUGACCGCUGUGGACCUCGACACCCUGGCCUGA